AUGAGAUUGAUCAUCCGCGACGACAGUCUUGCUGCCAGCAGCUAUGUCGCCUCGUACAUUGUCGAGCGCAUCAAGGCCUUCAGGCCUAGUGCCAUGAAUCCUUUCGUGCUUGGUCUGCCGACUGGAUCCAGCCCUCUUGGCGUCUACAAGAUGCUCGUCGCAAAGUACAGGGCUGGCGAGAUCUCCUUUGAACAUGUCGUCACCUUCAACAUGGACGAGUAUGUUGGUCUUCCCCGCGACCACCCAGAGUCUUACCACUCCUUCAUGUGGAAAAACUUCUUCUCCCACGUCAAUGUCCAUCCGUCAAACGUUCACAUACUCGACGGAAACGCUCCCAAUCUUGAGGCCGAGUGUGUCGCUUACGAAGAAGCCAUCAAGUCUGUCGGAGGCAUUGACCUGUUUCUCGCCGGCAUUGGCGAGGAUGGCCAUAUUGCCUUCAACGAACCUGGGUCCAGCCUAGCCAGUCGAACGCGCGUCAAGACGCUGGCCUACGACACCAUCAUUGCCAACUCGCGCUUCUUCAACAAUGACGCCAGCCAGGUCCCUCGCAUGGCCUUGACUGUUGGUGUCCAGACGAUUCUGGAGGCUCGCGAGGUUGUCGUCAUCAUCCUGGGGCAGCGCAAAUCCCUGGCCUUGCAGCGCUGCAUCGAGCAGGGAGUCAACCACAUGUGGACCUUGUCCAGCUUGCAGCUGCACCCGCAUCCAAUGAUUGUAGUCGACGAGGAUGCCACCCUUGAGCUCCAGGUCAAGACGGUCAAGUACUUCAAGAGCAUCGAAAAGGUGGCCAAGGAGGCCGGUUUCGAGCAAAUUCUUCCGUCAAAGGUCCGCACCGCCAACGGCGUUAUUCCCGCCACCCGGGUCGACCAAGUCGACUCUCCCACCAUACUCUGUCCUCAGCCCACCACCUCGCGGUUGCUUCGCGCCGCCCCGGCCACGGAGUAUCCUGUGCGAUCUGUUUCGCCAGACUUCGACUUGAUCCCGGACCGCAUGUCUUCUCGCAUUCGCGAACCACCUCUGAGCAUGCAGUCGCCCCCCACCGCGGCCACAGAGCAUCCUGUCCGCCCCGCUUCGCCAGACUUUGAAUUUAUCCCGGACCGCAUGGCUUCUCGCAUGGGCGAUCCAGCUCUGAUGUACCGGUUAACCCCGACGCCAGAGCAGCAAACGUCCCGGCAAAACGUCAUUAAGGCCUAA